GGGGCUGUGCAAGUCCAGGAGGAGGGCGGAGAAGUGGCCCUCGUGGCCCGGGGCGGCGGGGGAGGGGCGGCUGCUUUUGCCCCAGGGCUGGAGGUGGGGUCACUGGCCAGAGCCCUGGGAGGGCAGUGUGGUAGGGCCGGGCCUUGGAGGAGAGAGCCCAGUAACCCCCGCUGUACCCCCCCCCCCCCCCGCCCCUCAGCUGGUCAGUUGCUGGCGGGUGUGUACGGUCAAGGGUGGCCAGGCAGACGCCAGCGUGGCGGUGGUGUGGGAGGCAGGGCAGCCUGGGCGGUGGCGGAGUGACUGCUCGCAGUCAGCCUGCUGCGCGAGUGCCGGGACAGUGUUGUGCAGGGAACAGUGGGGAGGUGGGCAGAGGUGCGAGCCCCUGCAAGGCAGGAGGCGAUGGCCGGGCGUUGUAGCUAAUUCAGGCGGACGUCGCCAAGGAGGGCAGUGGGGGCGUGGCAGGAGAGGAGGCCGGGGCAGCCCCGAAGGACGUCGGCAGUCAGAGGCACGCCUCUGCAGGUCACCCCUGCCCGGCCCGGCGACCCCCAGGACGCUGGCUGAGUGCAGACGGCCAGCUCGGGGCCAGGCCGCGCGUGCACCGCUGAGGAGCAGCAGUGGUAGUAAACACGGAGGAGACCCUGGUUCUCAGGACAGACAGGGCAGAGGAAGGCUGGGCAUGCGCCCUCCAGGCACCUGGCCCGUCCACGUCCGCCUGCUCACAGCCCCACGGCCUGGGCAAGGAGUCCUGGUUUGUGGACACCCACGGUCCACGCCGCCUGCGGUAGCACAGGGCGCGCAGAGGCCUGCGUGUCGCCAGGACUGCCCCUGCGGCGUGCUCUCCCCGUGGAGACCUGCCCCAUCCAGGUGGUGUUGGCUUGCCCUGGGUCCUGAUUUGCUGAGGGUUUGAUCUGACUGAAGAAAGGGGCCCUCUUCCCUCUGGAAGUCAGCAGGAGAGGACAGGUCAGCUGGAACAUCGUGACUCAAGCAGCAGCUGACCCCUGCAGGGGCAGUGACGCGCGGUGAGCAGAGCCUGCAGGCUGUCUAAAAGGAGCCGGCCUCCCCAGACGGAAGACGAGUCGGAGGCCUCCACGGGGGUUAGUGCACCGGAAGUGGCACCUGGAGGCGCCUGGCUGUGCGCUGGGCACGCAGGAGGUCCCCAGGGGCCUGUGGAGCAGCUUUGCGUGAAGACGCCCCCCAUCGGGUGGGGCGUGGCCUUGGGGCGCAGAAGGGGCUGUUCCUGCACCGAGGGGCGAGGAGACACCCGCCUGCCUGUGUGGCGCUCAGGCUUCCGUGAUGGGUCGGCGGAUGGCCUCAGGCCUAGCCAGGAUGUCCGGGACCGUGGGGGCGGGGGUAGGAAGGACUAGCGAUGCGUGAGCGGGGACUGCGCAGGCGGGGAGCUGUGCUCUUGGAAAUGUGAUGCUUGCCGGAGCCGCCCGUGCCCAGGUCCCCGGGGCCUGCAGGUUCGGAGUUCAAGUGCAGAUUCAGUGGAGUUUGCUCGUUUCCUUCCCUGGGAGGGGAGCAGAGGCCGCGGACGGCCGGGGAGCCUGGGCGUAGGGGCAGGAGGCGGGCUCCCUCGGGAGUAGCCCAUUUCAGCCUGGAAGUCAGCCCAGAGACCCCCACGAGACCCCUGCACAGCUGUGGGGAUGGCGCCCCAGGGAGGGCCCUGCCGCUUCCGAGCGUGGCUGCAGGUCCUGGCCGCCGUGGUGCGUGGUACGCCCUGCGCUGGCUGUCUUCCGUGUGCCACAGCGGCCCACCGCCUGCCCUGUCUCCCAGCUGCUCCUGCGGCUGGCCCAUAGCAGGGCAGGUUCACUCCUGUCACCACAACCUGACAGCACAGCUGCACUCUGGGUGUGUUCCUGGGAUUGUCUGGUGGCUUCAGGGGCGGGCUGCUUGGACCCAGGAGGCGGCCCAGCUAGGACUGCCUCCGCCGACCCCUGUCCUAAGGGCCUGGGUGUCCCUCCACCGCAGCUCCAGCAAGUGCCCUACCCCGUGAGCCUCCGUGUGCUCAUCUGAGUCAAGACUUAAGACUGAAGUUGGGUUGGUGAUGACUCUGGGACCGCUGGGAAGAGUAAGCGGUGGACGGUGCCCACCCAGUACGUGGCCAUCAGUGCAUGGGCUACUGAAGAGGGGGCGUGGUGUGAGGUGGCUGCAGCCCGAGGCUCCGUGGAUGUCCUCGGGUCACACCCGGGUGCCCCUAGAGUGCGCCCCACGCAUAGCUGAGGGCCUGGGCAGCAGGGGUGGCGCGGGCAGCUGGGACAGGGCGGGCAGCAGGGGCAGGGCGGGCUGCCCAGCAGGGAGAGCAGCCGUGCUGACAGGGCCUCGUGGCAGCUUCUAAUCCCAGCGGAGUCGGUGUCAGGAACUGGGCCCUGCCCUGCGUACGGCGGUGACCGCAGGUGACCUGCGGGCAAGGGUCUCGGGCAGGCGAGGGCACAGUGAUGGUCAGGCUUGCACACUGCCUCCCUUUGUAUCCCCAGGCCGAGGGGACCCAGAGAACGGCCUUUGUCCCGCUCUGCUCUUCCAACACCAUUUACGCCAUCUCUGGAAGUGCAGACCUAGCCGGGAGGAUGUUUGCACACUCACUUCAGUUACUGUGCGUGUACCGAGCCCCGUGGAAGCUGCGGUUGAGUUUGUAGUGGCUCCGUGGGAAACACCCGGUCCGCGUGUUGGUUCCUGGGGUGGGCCUGCUCCAGGGCAGUGGAGCCCCUGCCACCACCUCGUGCUCCCAGUGUGCCCACGCCCAGUGCUGGCUUUGAACAACUUCAACCUAGAUGCUUUUCCUGGGGGGCGUGGGAGCACGCUGGGGAAGUGUCUGGUGUUUGCAUUUAACGCGUCGCACAGUGAACCGCAGCCGCCGAGGAUGAGCGCGCUGACAGGGACCUGCUGCGUGGAGGCAGCCCUCGGUCACCGUGGAGGACGAGGCUCAGGGCUUGAGCGCCACCCGUGCCGCCGCGAGCCGUCUCUGGACACACCUAGGUUUGCCCCUGGUAACCAGCGCCACCACCUGAGUGCAUGACUACGGCCGCCGCGCCAGGCCUGGCAGUGGUGGAGGCUGGCUUUCUCCUGGCUGACCCCAGCUCUUGGCGGCUUCGCUUCUCUCCAGGUUGUUAGGAGGAGGAAGCAAAUGCUACGUUUUGCUGUCAGAGCGGAGAGCUCACUACAUCAGCUGGGACUAGGGUCAGCCUUGGGGGCGGGCACGUUCACCGGGAGACACAGCCGAGGAGGCGCGCCUGGGCCGUUCCCGCGAGUACGCCGAGCCUGCCAGUGCUUUUCCCACCGUGACGGCCAGGACUGAACUGAGUGGUGUGGAGGGCAGCCUUCCAUGGCCCUCUGGCCCCGCCUCUCAUUUGCUGUAGAACACACUGUUCUUUUCCCAUUAAACAUACAUUAGUAGCUGGUGCUGCGGCUCACUAGGCUAAUCCUCCGCCUUACAGCGCUGGCACACCGGGUUCUAGUCCCGGUCAGGGCACCAGAUUCUGUCCCGGUUGCCCCUCUUCCAGGCCAGCUCUCUGCUGUGGCCAGGGAGUGCAGUGGAGGAUGGCCCAAGUGCUUGGGCCCUGCACCCUAUGGGAGACCAGGAGAAGCACCUGGCUUCUGGCUUUGGAUCAGCACGGUGGCCAUUGGAGGGUGAACCAACGGCAAAGGAAGACCUUUCUCUCUGUCUCUCUCUCUCUCACUGUCCACUCUGCCUGUCAAAAAAAAAAAAAAAUUUAGUGAGGUUUGCUAACGUCAGUAGGUCAGGCCCACAAGCCCAAGCUCUUUGGGGCCCUUGGUAAUUAAGAGCUGGAGGACUGCAGAGUACAGAAAGACGCCUGGGCCUCGAGGGACGUGUGCUCCCAGCCUCUGCCUGCAGGGGGCGCCCUUGGCCAGGGGCCAGUUGUGUGCCGAUUGGUUCCGCCUUGGUUUCUUACCUGUGAAAUGCGUUCCUCCUACUUCUGUCACAGGCUCAGGAGCGGAAGUGGAAGAACCCGGAUAGAAUGGAUGAUUUCAUGCGCGUAGGCACUGCCUGUUGUUAUCUGAGUGGCGAGGAGGAAGACUUCAGCAUCUAGGAUGCCCCGACUGUUCUUCCGUCCCAAGGCCGUUCAUAGAACAGACCGUGUUAGAAGAAAGGGAGGCGGUUCAAAGCGAUUGACAAGUUCCUACUUCUAAAUAGUGGGAUUUCUAAAAGCUAGUGUUAGUUUUUCCUGUUUUAAAAUUCAGGUCUAGUUUUGGUUCCAGACAUUUGACUGCCUACUGCUGCAUCGAGUAAAUUAUGUAAAUUACGUCAGGCAAAGCACAGACGUCAGGGUGGGCGUCUGCUACAGCGUUUCCGACGCCUCCGCGGACGCCUGGGCCUGAGCGCCAGUGCCAGCUCCGAGCCCAGCUUCCCUGGCACUGACGUGGGAGACCUGGAUGGAGCCGCGGCCUCCUGGCCUUGGCCCUGCCCGGCCUGGCCCUGGUUCUACAGGCGUUUGGGGAGUGACCCAGCCGGUGGAAAGAUCUCUCACUGUUUCUUUCUUGGUCUCUUUCAGACACACAAAAAUAAAUUUAAAAUCCAUGCACGGAAAUGGAGCACAGCAGAUGGUGAAUGGGAAUAAUUAGGGAGGCAGUGUGUGGCCUGUUUACGGCUUGAGUGUCUGAAUGAAUGAACUAAGGAUAACAGGCCUUAGCAGAGCCGACCAAGAGACUGAGAAAAUAAACGUCGUAGAGCUGUGGCUCCUGGUGUAGGUGACCACGGGUGACUCUGCUCCCUGGUGACCCCGUGAGAACAUGGGCAGCAGACACGUGGGGGGGCCGGCGCCGUGGCUCACUUGGUUAAUCCUCCGCCUGCGGCGCCGGCAUCCCAUAUGGGUGCUGCGUUCUAGUCCCGGUUGCCCCUCUUCCAGGCCAGCUCUCUGCUGUGACCAGGGAGUACAGUGGAGGAUGGCCCAGGUGCUUGGGCCCUGCACCCCAUGGGAGACCAGGAGAAGCACCUGGCUCCUGGCUUCGGAUCGGCGCAGUGCCGGCCAUAGUGGCCAUUGGAGGGUGAACCAACAGAAGGAAGACCUUUCUCUCUGUCUCUGUCUCUCUCUCACUGUCUAACUCUGCCUGUCAAAAAAAUAAAAAAUAAAAAAGUAAAAAAAAAAGUUCAUGGACAAUAAGGCACUAUGGGAAAACGGCCUGGGUUUCUCUUUGCACGAAGAUACGCCUACCCUUAGUUCCACUUCUGCAGACGCCGGAGCGCCACGUCCGUGCCUGCGUGAGGGUGCAUUCAGGGGGGACCCGGGCACUCGGUCCAGCGGGAUCGCAGCCACGGCCCCUCCGGGCAGAGCAGAUCACAGGACUUGGACUGGGACGCCGCCCUCUCCCUCUCGUUGGGCCUGGAUGUCAUUUUCCUGCUAUUUUAUUUUAGUGAGGGACACAUUCCCCGUGCAGUGUCUUCACUGUUAGAAUGGAAAGUCUUGACUGACACAACCUUGGCAGAACAAUGGCGUGUUACUGUAAUAUUUGGAAUUCGAAAGUCAAAUUUAAUUUGAAGAUUAAAUGCCGCAAGUAGGAGGUGCGGACAGUUCUAAAGGCCCGUGCUUGGGUGUGCUCUCUCACCUCUCGGGUCAGCCUACUGGACGGCGCAUCUAGUGACCUCAUGAGGGACAGGAGCCAUGCGUUCCACAGGUCACCUUCCGUAACAGACGGACCCAGAACUGUGAGCUGACCUCAGCACGCAUGUUCAGUGUAGACGCUGUCACCGCGUGUUCCCAGGAUGCCGUGCAGCGCCACGUCAGUUGUAAGUGAAUUGCCUCUUCGUUGCUUUCCAGCCCCCCCCCCCCCCCCGAAACUUAGCUUCUCUUAGUGGCCUUCUCGCUGGGGAUCGUCACAGCAGUAAAAGCCAACCAGAGAGAAGGUGUAAUAGCCACGGCGCCAGGCCCGGAGGACCAGUGACAGACACCCACCCACUUCCCAGGCCUCACCCCGAGGUGCAUGCACCUGCUCGGGCUCCUGGCCGUCACUGUGCUGACUGUGUGAGGUCCUGCUCACCCCCGAGGCACCCCUGCUCGGGCUCCUGGCCGUCACUGUGCUAACUGCGUGAGGUCCCGCUCACCCCCGAGGCACCCCGCUCGGGCUCCUGGCCGUCACUGUGCUAACUGUGUGAGGUCCUGCUCACCCCCGAGGCACCCCUUCUCGGGCUCCUGACCGUCACUGUGCUAACUGUGAGGUCCCGCUCACCCCCCUGAGGCACCCCUGCUCGGGCUCCUGGCCGUCACUGUGCUAACUGUGUGAGGUCCCGCUCACCCCCCUGAGGCACCCCUGCUCGGGCUCCUGACCGUCACUGUGCUAACUGUGAGGUCCCGCUCACCCCCCUGACGCACCCCUGCUCGGGCUCCUGGCCGUCACUGUGCUAACUGUGUGAGGUCCUGCUCACCCCCGAGGCACCCCGCUCGGGCUCCUGGCCGUCACUGUGCUGUGUGAGGUCCUGCUCACCCCUCAAGGCACCCCUGCUCGGGCUCCUGGCCGUCACUGUGCUGUGUGAGUUCCUGCUCACCCCCCUGAGGCACCCCUGCUCGGGCUCCUGACCGUCACUGUGCUGACUGUGUGAGUUCCUGCUCACCCCCGAGGCACCCCUGCUCGGGCUCCUGGCCGUCACUGUGCUAACUGUGUGAGGUCCUGUUCACCCCCCUGAGGCACCCCUGCUCGGGCUCCUGGCCAUCACUGUGCUGCGUGAGGUCCUGCUCACCCCCGAGGCACCCCUGCUCGGGCUCCUGGCCGUCACUGUGCUAACUGUGUGAGGUCCCACUCACCCCCCUGAGGCACCCCUGCUCGGGCUCCUGGCCGUCACUGUGCUAACUGCGUGAGGUCCCGCUCACCCCCCUGAGGCACCCCUGCUCGGGCUCCUGGCCAUCACUGUGCUGUGUGAGUUCCUGCUCACCCCUGAGGCACCCCUGCUCGGGCUCCUGGCCGUCACUGUGCUGUGUGAGGUCCUGCUCACCCCUCAAGGCACCCCUGCUCGGGCUCCUGGCCGUCACUGUGCUGUGUGAGUUCCUGCUCACCCCCCUGAGGCACCCCUGCUCGGGCUCCUGGCCGUCACUGUGCUGUGUGAGGUCCUGCUCACCCCUCAAGGCACCCCUGCUCGGGCUCCUGGCCGUCACUGUGCUGUGUGAGUUCCUGCUCACCCCCCUGAGGCACCCCUGCUCGGGCUCUUGACCGUCACUGUGCUGACUGUGAGUUCCUGCUCACCCCUGAGGCACCCCUGCUCGGGCUCCUGGCCGUCACUGUGCUAACUGUGUGAGGUCCUGCUCACCCCCCUGAGGCACCCCUGCUCGGGCUCCUGGCCAUCACUGUGCUGGGUGAGGUCCUGCUCACCCCCGAGGCACCCCUGCUCGGGCUCCUGGCCGUCACUGUGCUAACUGUGUGAGGUCCUGCUCACCCCCGAGGCACCCCUGCUCGGGCUCCUGGCCGUCACUGUGCUAACUGCGUGAGGUCCCGCUCACCCCCCUGAGGCACCCCUGCUUGGGCUCCUGGCCGUCACUGUGCUGUGUGAGGUCCUGCUCACCCCCGAGGCACCCCUGCUCAGGCUCCUGGCCGUGACUGUGCUAACUGUGAGGUCCCGCUCACCCCCCAAGGCACCCCUGCUCGGGCUCCUGACCGUCACUGUGCUAACUGUGUGAGUUCCUGCUCACCCCCCUGAGGCACCCCUGCUUGGGCUCCUGGCCGUCACUGUGCUGUGUGAGGUCCUGCUCACCCCCCUGAGGCACCCCUGCUCGGGCUCCUGGCCGUCACUGUGCUGUGUGAGUUCCUGCUCACCCCCCUGAGGCACCCCUGCUCGGGCUCCUGGCCGUCACUGUGCUGUGAAGUCCUGCUCACCCCCCUGAGGCACCCCUGCUCGGGCUCCUGGCCGUCACUGUGCUGUGAAGUGCUGCUCACCCCCCGAGGCGCACGCACCUGCUCUGGCGGCCCGGAGGGAGCUGGCAGCACCCAGCGUUUACUUUGCUGUUUCUGAAGGGGCACACGGCUCCGCCAGCUGCAGGCUGCUGGGCUGGGCAGAUGGAGGGGUCCAGUUCCUUUGCCCGGCAGUCGUGUGCCCUGCUCUGAUCCACUCUUCUUGGCUUAAAAAUGCCCGGUCACUAGGGGUGGCAGCGGGGCCCUCCAUCCGGUCACCUCUGCCAGCGACCCCCCUCCCCUCCUGAAACUCCUGGGUUUGGGGCCUCUCCCAUCCCCUGGGAGCUGUCUGGUGGGCAGGAGCCAGCCUCUGGAAGCCCCAUUUCCCUGAGCUGUCAGUCACCCUCAGUCCCCACCAUCCUUACUGUGAAGCCCCCUGCCGUGAAGAAGCGGGAGUGGGGCAGACCCCGCAUGGGCGCCAGAUCUGCGAGACUCCACGUGGACGGCCGUAUCCAGCGGUUGUCUUCCUCCACGGUCUGUCCCUCCCGUUGCGCCCACAGAGUUGGUUCUGGUCGAGUCCUGCCUCCACCCCACCCCUGCAGACACACCCACCCCACCCCACCCCACCCCUGCAGACACACCCACUCUAGGACCUCCGCUUCAAACGUGAACAGCCUGGGCCUGGCCGGAGCCCGCAGAUGGCUGUGGGCUGUGGGCUGCGGGCUGGAGCUGCACCUGCAGGGUUGAGUGUGGCUGUGCAGGCGGUGAGAAUUCCCUGCGCUCCAGCCGCCUCGUCGGCCCGGACUGGUAGCGCCCAGUUCCCUUGGGGCAGGGAAGACGUCCCGCCAGGACUGCUGGCACGGGCCGCGCUCACGUUAGCGCCCCACCUCUGAUCUCCAGCUUUCUCUGUGAUGCCAGAAUGGUGCCAGCGGGGUCGCCCACGUGUCAGAGGCCCUGGGGCGGGCCACUCCAGCUGCUCCCCGGCCGACACCAACCCCCUGCCAUGGGCGGGCCAGCUGGGGGAGCCCUGGGACGCCGGGCCCCGAGCUCGGGCACUCGGCCCCCUGCUUCCAGCGCUUGGCUGUGACACCGCGGGCGCAGCCCCGGACCUGGCAGGCCCGCGUCCCCGGACAGCGCCGGCUCCUCCUCCCGCCGCCCGGCCCGGCGCAGCGCGGCGCGGUGUGAACCGGGCGGCGCCGGCACCCGCGCGCCGUCCGCGGCUGCUGGCCGUGCCCGCGGGGUCCGGCCCGGGCGGCGCCCAGACAACGGGCGCCCCCAGCUCCGGGAGGAGGGGAGGGGCGGGGACUUGGGCGCGGGCAUGUGAAGAGGCCAGAGGCGCGGCGGCUGCACGCAGGCCCCUGACGACCCGCCCGCCCGGCCGCGCCAUGCCCUUCCCGCCCAGGCCGCCGCCGCCACCGCCAGCCCCGGCCGCGGGGGGCGCCGCCGCGCGCCUGCCGCCCCGGAGGCCCUGCGCGCCCGCGCCCGCGCCCCCGCCCGCGCCGCCCCUGGCCGCCGCGGAGAAGAAGAGGCGGCCCCCCGAGCGGCCCGCGGCGCUGCUCUCCAGCUCCUGGCCCUCGGCCACCCUGAAGAAGCCGCCGGCCCGGCGCGGCCCCGGCCCCGGCCCGAGCAGGACGCAGCCGCCCGCCCCUCCGCGCGCCCCGCCCCAGGCCUCGCCCGGACGCGCAGGGGCCCCGGCCACGUGCGCCACGCCCCGGCCGGCCGGCACCGGCCCGAACGCGGCGGCCGGCGCGGGUCCCGGGCCCGACGACGCCGUGCGCUUCUCGCUGAGCCUCACGCCGGAGGCCAUCCUGGUCAUCCAGAGGCGCCACCUGGAGAAGCAGCUGCUGGCGCGGCCCCGCCGGUCCUUCCCCUCGCCGCUGGCCACCGGCCCCGGCCCGCGGAGGGGCGGCCCCGCCGCGCCCCCGGCCGCGGGCCUCGCCUGCCGCCCGCUGCCCCGCGCGCCGCUGCUGCCCGGCGGCCUGCGCCCGGUGCUGCAGGUGUCGCUGCUCAACGAGCGGCACAAGUACGACGACGUGGAGUACGAGGAGGAGGCCGAGGCCCCGGACGAGGGCGUGGUGCGCAAGUGCACCGAGUGGCUGCGCGGCGUGGAGUCGGCUGCCGCCGGGCGGGGCCGCGCCGCGCACCUGGACGCCCCGCAGCGGCUGAGCACACUGUGAGCCCUGCGGGCCGCGGGCCCGCCCACCGCUGCUUCCAGGACUCGGGGGCGCGGGCGGGAGACCCACAGCCGCCUGUGAUGGCAUCCCCGUCUCCUGGACACGGGUGAGCACCGCGGGCCCGCGAGGGACACAGCCUCCCGCGGCCCACCUGCUGCCGCCUUGGUCUCGGCGAGAAGCCCCCACUGUGCACCCUUCCGCCGCCUCUGGACUCCCGGAGGUGCCCUUACCGCGAAAGUGCCUCGGCCAUGUGCCCAGGGGCGCGCCCCGGGCUGCAUCGCUGUCGCCAGGGAGGGGGCGCCUACUGGACUGCGGGGACGUGGUGCUACCUGUGUGACUGUGUUGUCUCCCGGCUCAACAAUGCUGGAUGUUCUGAAAAUCGAAGCUUUGUAUUCUAAUCUCCAGUCUCGGAAGCGAGCGCGAAGUUGCCACCUGGAGCCAGGCGCCUGGUGAAGAGGCUGCAGGUGACAUCACCGACCCUGUGCUCCGUGCACGCCCACGCACAGGUGCACCCACGUGGUCACGCGCACGGAGAUGCACCUGCAUGCCCCCAGCCACAGGUGCCUGCGCUGGGUCACACAGGUGUCUGCUGGAUGACCUCUUUCUUUGAAGUGCUCACAAAGUAUCUUUUGUGCUAGGAAAGGAAGCAGCAAGCACGUGGUGGGGGGGGGGGGCAGAAAUGUGCGACUCCCUGGGCAGCACGGAAUGUUCUGGACUUUGCCCGGGGAGCAGGAGGCCUCUGGGUGGGGGAGGCUGGCUGGUUUUAGCCCUUUGGGUCUCUCUGGAGCUCAGAGGCUCGCUGGCUCUGUGCAGUUGUGUGUGCCGGUUUGAAAUGCUGUGUUCUCUGCCUGGUCCCCGGCUGGCUGCAGGCCCCCGGGGAGGAGCCGCCUUGCACCUGGGUCUGCUUGAUUCCAGGCAUGAGAAGGAGGUGGGGUGGGCGGCUCAGGCUGAGCCCCAGGAGUCGUGGAUUACCUCAGCUUCUGACUUGCUUCCCGAAAGCCACCCCGUGUAGUGUUCAUCCGUAGACCCUGGCGUGUCUCGUCUUAACUUUACAUGGAAGCCUUACAUUUUUAACAAGUUUUCUACUUCUCUCGUGGAGGUUUCUCCCCCAACCCGUCUCGGUGUAAGCACGGUUUAGUUAGCUGUGAAGUGUCUCAGUUUUGGGGGGCGCUGCCUCAGCAGCCCGACCCCCAGCCUUGCCAGUAAUUUCUGUUUUGUGGCCCCUAUUUAAAUGUGGAGAAACGGUUUCUCUUUUACUUAAAGCCAGUGGGUUAGGACACGAGAGGCAGAGUGAGCAGUCCUGGUCCAGGAGAGCCGGAGGGGCGCGACCCUGGACAGCGGUGCUUCUCAUGUCCACCACCCUGUGAGCCACGGCCAGUCCUGUGCAGUGCACGGCGAGGCAGGUGCACGGUGCUGGCUCUGGGGUGGCGUCGGGGUGGGUGAGUGACAUGCCUGGGUUUCUGCCCCUGGUUACGGUGACCGCAUUUUGAAGACUCCUGGUGGCGUCCCCAGAGGCCUGGCUUUGGGAAGCACCUCGCUGGCUCUGCCCCAGUGUGCCAGGCGUCCGUGUCCGCCCGUCGUCCCGCCCCAUCUCCGUCUCCUACUGGCAGCAGCUUGCAUCCUCGCACACCGUCCCAGGCGUUCGUCAGCGAGAGUCCAUGUGCCUUGUCCUCCCUCGGCCGUGCGCGCCCCCUGCUGUCCGUCCACUGCUGUGACUGACGUGUUGAGGAUGUGUCCGACUCACUGUGCUGCAGUUUCUUGGUGUUUAAAUAAAGGAGGAAGUCACUGGCC